GUUCACUCGGUCAGUUGAAUAUAUCUCUUUACCGGUGGCUCUUGAGACUGCAAUUAAGAAUGAGUAAAUAUGGCUUGAACAACAUUACAGACAUACUGUUUAAAAACAACAAGGUCAGUAAUGAAUCUAACACUCCAGACUCUCAUGUUGGGACAGAAGAUGAAAACACUGAGAGGGGGAACUGGAGCAGCAAAAGAGAGUACAUGCUGUCUAUGAUCGGCUAUGCAGUGGGUCUUGGCAAUGUGUGGAGAUUUCCCUACUUGGCAUACAAACAUGGGGGAGGGGCGUUCCUCAUCCCCUACACUAUCAUGCUGGCGGUUGCUGGCCUGCCUUUGUUCUUUAUGGAGAGCUCAUUUGGACAGUUCUGCAGCCAAGGUCCCAUCAAUGUAUGGAAAGCUGUGCCUAUACUGCAAGGUGUUGGCAUCACAAUGAUGCUGGUCAGCACUUUAUUGGCAAUCUACUAUAAUGUCAUCAUUGCAUAUAGUAUCUACUAUCUUUUUGCAUCAUUUCAAUAUCCCCUACCCUGGAGUGGAUCUUCAAAUUGCAACACAACUGAGAUAGCACUGAAUGUGACUGCUGAAAAUCAGACCUGCCUGGAUUUUUUACCAGGACAGAGCCCCAGUGAGAAAUACUGGGACAUGGUGGCCCUUCAGCGCACGAGCAGUAUGGAUGAGACGGGACCAGUGGUCUGGCACCUGGCCCUCAGCCUGCUGCUUGCAUGGAUACUAGUCGCAGCAGCUCUAUUCAAAGGCAUCAAGUCAUCUGGGAAAGUGGUGUAUUUUACAGCUACUUUCCCUUACAUUGUCCUUUUGAUCUUACUGAUUCGGGGUGUAACUCUGGAGGGUGCAAAAGAUGGCAUUGAGUACUACAUUGGCGCACAGUCUAACCUCACCAAACUGGUCGAGGCUGAGGUUUGGAAGGAUGCAGCUACUCAGAUAUUCUUUUCCCUCUCUAUUGCCUGGGGUGGUUUGAUGGCUCUGUCCUCUUACAACAAGUUUAACAACAACUGCUACCAAGACUCUAUUAUAGUAUGUGUUAUAAAUUGUAGCACUAGUGUCUUUGCUGGCUUUGCCAUCUUCUCUAUCCUUGGACACAUGGCACAUGUCUAUCGGAUACCAGUGUCUGACAUUGCAAAAGAAGGCUUUGGUUUGGCAUUCAUUGCAUACCCAGAUGCUCUCUCUAAGCUGCCUAUAUCCCCCCUGUGGUCUAUACUGUUUUUCAUCAUGCUGAUCACUCUUGGCUUGGAUUCCCAGUUUGCAAUAAUAGAGGUUAUUGCCACCUGCCUCCAGGAUGCCUAUCCCCAUGUUUUGAAGUCCAAACGGGGCCUCAUUACCAUAGCAAUCUGCACGGCUCUCUUUCUGCUCGGCCUGCCAUGCGUCACUGGGGCAGGAAUCUAUUGGGUGAAUUUAAUGGAUACAUUUUGCGCUGGAUGGAUUAUCCUGGUUGCAGGGUUAAUAGAGGUGCUAGGUCUGUCCAUACUGUAUGGUGGUAAUCGAUUCAUCAAGGAUAUUGAGAUGAUGAUUAAGACCAGGAGCUCCCUUUUCUGGUUAUGGUGGAAGGCUUGCUGGUUUUUUAUCACCCCAGUUGUUCUAGCUUUUAUUCUUGGAUGGUCUUUAUAUACUUUAAAGCCCCCCACUUAUGGUACUGUUCCAUACCCAGAGUGGGGCAAUGCCCUAGGCUGGUGUAUGACUUCAUUUUGCCUCAUAUGGAUUCCUUUUGUGGCAGUCUGGAAAGUGUACAAAUCUAACGGAAGUAUCUGGCAGCGUAUCAGAACAGCCUGUUCACCCACAGAGGAUUGGGGUCCUUACUUGGAGUGUCACAAAGGGCAGCGCUAUCUUGCAAGAGGUGUGCCUGAUGCAAACGUCUUUGUAAUCUCUAAUAAAUACACCACUAGGUUAUAAAAUAAUUUUUUUCUUUAACAUUUUUGUUUUUUCUUUUUCUUUUAUAUUUGAAUGGAUUUGUAACCAUGCUCACAGAGAACACACACAGAGAGAGAGGAUGUUUCUGUUGGAAUAUCAAAUGCAGUGUAAAAGCACAAAUAUAUAUGUAGCACAUAGUCUUCAUGCAGUUUACAUAAACACGACUCCUGAAUAUUUUAAUAUAUGUCAUUUUAAUGCGUUUAAGUAACUGAUUUUGUGUUCUAUUUUUCUGAAAUGAGUGAAUUAUCUUUUAAUUUUGUUCUGUUUGGAAUUAUUUGUUUUACCUAUCUUUUACCUUUACUGCAUGUUUACAUUUAUCUUUUUAUGCAUGCUUAUAACACAAUUCCUGUUGUGUUUUUAUGUCAAAAUUGACAUCAUUUGAAAUUUUUCAUAUACUUUUAAUGAAAAUUUUAUAUUAAUAUUUAAUGUGAGAAAAACAAGGAUCAAUCGGGUGACAAACAUAUAAUAGAAAGCUCAAUGCAUAGUUGCUUGUGUGACUAGUGAAAGGUAGUGAUGUAAAAGACAAUUGGGUGAAAAAAGUUUUCAUUUUGUGGGAUCCACAAAGUGUGAACAGAAAGAAUUCAUAUAAUUUACAGCACAUGUAUAAUUUUAUUUGAUCAAAUAACUUCUUUGAUAUUUAUUUAUCUUCUUCUAAAAACUCUAUACAGUCUUUCACCUCUUUCUCUUACCUUCCCUCUACUUGUACUUCUCUGAACAAUUUGAAAAUGAUUAUAGAACUUCUCAAAUGAUUACCUUUUUCUGUCCAAGUCGCUUUGCAAAAAAGUAUCUGCUAAAUUAAUUACUGUAAAUAAUAAAUAAGUAAUUUUCAAGAGAAAAAUUUAUUUUGCUUUCACCACUAUGACAUCAACAAAAUCAGGAAUAAAAAAACAACACUUGCCUUAUUUUCUUUAAAAAACUAUAUACUAUGACAAUUACCAACAGCAAUAAAAUUCAUGUC